UUUGUAUGUCCUAUCAGCAAUUGUCCUAAACUCUUGCUUUUGUCAUUGAUUCAUUCUAAGGCUGUUGGUGCAUUAUACAAUGAACUUCUAAGUCAGUUGUUUACAUUUUUCUUAACAUCUGAUAGUCUAUGUUUUUCGUUUCUUCAAGAUUUGUGGGAUUCAAACCAACAGAUGCUUGCUAAUAAUAUGGUCGCAUUAUAUGAUAAAGAGCCUCAAUACCUAGAUUCGAUAUUUACAGUCGUAAAAACGUUAAAUAUUGUCUAUGAUGUUCUAGAUUUGGUGCAUUGUACUCGACUCUCCAUCGAGUUGGCAUUUUUAGCAAAAAAAAUAAGGAAGCAGCACACUCCCUUGAAUAAUGAAUAUGACAUGGCUGGUACUAUUUUAAAGGCAUUCAGAGCAAAUGAAGAUCAUUUAUCACUCACACUUCGGAAGAAAUUUGAAGACUUUAGUCUUUCUUUCCUCAAUUGCUCUUUAGAACCAAAAUUGAACAUGUCCGUUUCUACUAUUUCGGAUGGCAGCACAUCAAAAAAAUUUCCGCUAACUAUUAAAGAGGAUGCGGACGAAUAUCUUCGUAAACUUUUUGCAGGUAAGCUUUCGCCGGAGAAUCUUGUAAAGAAUUUGAAGAGAAAGGCAACAAUUAGUUUACGUGAUAGAGAAACGGUGUAUUGUGUAAUUCAUACUCUGCUUGAUGACUACAUACAUACAUCAAAUGUUAGUGAGGAAGAACUGGUUACUAGAAGCAUAACUUUGGGCCUUAGCAUUAGUCAUGAUUUAUUAUCCGAAAAUUAUACACAAAAGAUUUUAAAUGCUGUUCUAAGUGAUUUAGAAAAUUCACCUACAAGCAAAAAGUUUAAGUUCGCAGUAUGUGCUAUCGAGCAAUAUCACCACCGACUCUAUGAAUGGACUUUUCACUUUGAGAAGCUAUUAAGCAUUCCGCACCUACCCGCGUCUUGUCCAGAGUUAUUCAAAAAGCUACAAACUAUUCACUCUAGCUAUGGUAAUAGUGUACCGAAACUUAUGGUUCCUGUUGAUCAAGCUCAGGGUGGAAAGGCCAAUUCUAAGCGGUCUUACGAAAAUGAUGACCAAGCCAAUGGCGGCAACAACGAUGCUGGUAUAAUCAAUCAAGGUCAUCAACAACACAGUUCUGGGAGUGGUAAUGGAUCAUCCGACUCUGGCGGGGAAAAAAAUAAUGGUCCUGGGAAUGGCAGUUCAGAUGGAUCUGAUGGUGAUUAUUCUAAAGAGGCCCCAGUGCAAAUGCUGGCUCGUGCUAUGCCUGAGGUUAAGCAGCCAACUGAAGAAACUCGUGAUCAAAUUCAAUUUAUCCUCAAUAACGUCUCUUUUCAGAAUCUGGAAGAGAAAACUGCCUUACUUAGAAAGAUUAUACAACCAUCUCAUUUUGACUAUUUUGCUCAGCAUAUUGUAGUUUAUCGCAUUUCCAAGAAUGCAAAUUUUCAGAGUCUUUAUUAUGAACUGAUUGACGGGUUUCAUUCUAGUGAACUUUCUGCCAAGGUGCUAAAUUGGACUUACUACUCAAUCAAAAAUUUGCUUGCAUCCCCAAAGCUACUAUAUGUUUCGGAGAGAAGUAUUUUGAAAAACCUGGGCUCUUGGCUGGGACACCUUACUCUGGCUCGAGAGAAGCCAAUUUUUCAUCGUGAUUUACCUAUCAAGGAUCUUAUUUUGCAUGCUUAUAAAACUGAUAAUCUCGUAGCUGUUUUGCCGUUUGUUUCAAAAAUUCUCGCCAAGUCCGAAAAAAGUAAAAUAUUCAAAGUACCGAAUCCCUGGCUCGUUGCAAUUCUACGUUUGUAUAAGGAACUCCAUGGCUAUCCGAAUCUGAAGCAAAAUCUGAAGUUUGACAUUGAGCUGUUAUUUCAAACUUUGAAGAUAGAUUUAAAGACAAUAGAGCCUUCUCAGUUCUUUCAUCAGUACCGACUUAAUAAUCAAUCUGACCAAGGUGUUACCAACAAUGGUGCUAACUAUGAUCGCCAACCUAUGACAGUUAAGCCUUUGUCUAAAAAUAGUAAUGUUAUCUCGUUUCAACAACCGAUUAUUCCCAGUGUCACAUGUCACUGGAUGCCUGGACUCGCUCAGACGCCACAGUUGGCCCAGUUUUUUUCGCAGCAACUUCGCAUUAAGCAGUUUUUAUACGCUACUUUUGAUCGUGCCAUUGAGCAGAUAGUCAAUACCGUCCUUGAUCGUGUAACAGCCUUCGCAACUACGACAACUCAAAAGAUAGUUUUAAAGGAUUUUGCAAUGGAAUCUGAUGAAACAAAGCUCAUGCGUGCGGCUCACUGCAUGGUUCAAGUGCUUUCUAGUUCUUUCACUAGCGUCAUCAGUCGUCCAUCUUUAAAAAGUUUCGUUGAGCAUGUAUGCCAUUCUCAAUUUACGGGAUUUAAUGAUACUAUAAAGCAAAUUUUACAAGAGGCAAUUGAAAUUAAUUUGGUUGUAGCCUGCUCUGUUAUCGAAAAACACGUUUCAAAGAAGGCAGUGACUAGCAUUGACCAAGCUCUUAGACGUGCAUUUGAAUAUCGAGUUAUGUUUCGCGAAAAACAGCGCCAAGGUUCUAUACAGUCAUUUUAUGAUAUGGAAUAUUUACCGAAGACUGGUCCUUAUUUGCCACAAGUUUUGCCGGAUCUCUUGAAACCCCAGAUAUGCGCUAGCUCUCAAAUGGCUGUGUACGAAAACUUUUUACGCCUCAAUGAGUUGAUGAAUUCAGAGGAUCAGGCUAUGCAAAAUCAAGCACGACAGGCUCAACUUUCUCUUCAAUCUCAGAUUCUACACCAGCCACACCAGUACAUAGAUGCCAAGGUCAACAAUCUCGGACGAAAAGCGUGUUCGAAUCAGUUACCUGAUAAGGGUCUUUUACUAACAAACACUGCCUACUCUUCUCUUGCGAAUGUGUCUAAUCCUGCUUGUAAAGCACCCAAACCUUCAGGUAAUUUUGAGCUGUACGAUACGGCUAAGGCUAUGCAUAUGUUUAACAAUUUGAUUGAAGAGCUCGUCACAUAUACUGCUAGUUAUUUUGACACGUCGAACAAGACACUAUUAGAUAAUCCGAACAUUUCAGAAACGCUUAAGCGUCUGACAAAUUUCGUGGCAUUUCAAUGCCAAGAUCGAGUUGCCGUUGCUGAGAAAGCGUCUUGCGAGGUGCUGGAAUUGCUUUAUACGAGUUCAUUGUCAAAUCGAAAUAGAGUUGAAUCUCAAUCCAUUCGAAGCAUGUAUGUGCAUAUUUUGUUCGCACUGGCCCGUACAUCGUCAGCUGUAACUGGAUGUGUCACAGAGUGGUAUGCCAGAGAUAAAUUUCAAUACGAUAAAGAAAUUACCUUGUCUUUCUUAGUUUGGCAGCUGAUUCGACCAUCUUACUUUGAUACUGUUUUGGUCAGAAACUUGGAAAAGGGUUGCAAUAUUGCUGCUGUCAAAUUUGCUGUCUACAUUAUCAAAAUGGCUAUGCUCAGAACCCAGAUGCCCAUGCUCGCCGGAUCUGAUAUUCCGCAUCUUUUAGAUGAAUUGGAGAUAGUUGACAAGCGCUGUCCAGAUCUUAUUCCUAAUGGGCUUCUGACAGCUGCGCGCUCUGUCCAACUUUUCUGCCCCACUAUGAGAGCUCGUCGAACAGCAACUCAAAACGAUCUGUUUGAAACGCACGGAAAGCAGCCUUUCUUUUAUCCUAUAUCUAGUCUUACUCAGCGCCAGCAGCAGUUGAAUCGAGUGCUACCGUCGAAUAUCCUUUCUUGGUUUAGCGAUUGGGUCGGCCUAUGUCAGAACUCUUCAAUAGAGGGUCCACCUAAGCACGUUCAGCACCAAUACAUUCAGCAAUUACAAAGUCUUGGUUUGAUUUCCUUGUCGAAAAAUGUCGUUCCAGAAACGGAAUCAGCCUUCUACCGUGGUAUUAUUGAAGCAUCUGUACUAUCGUAUUUAUUGCUGUCCCAAGCCCAGUCUAACAUCCGAUUACAACUGCAACUGCAAAUUGAACCAGAGAAGCUAGAGCAAUCCACUACCCUGGCUUUACAACCUUAUUUGGCUCCUGAGGCUUGUGCGCGUCUGAUUUUUCUUAUUGGGACCAAUCAUAUAGAUCACAAUUGGUUUCUUCAAUGCGCACUUGUUCAGGCUGCUUCUGUCAUAAGUGCAGACCAUCACAGCUAUUUGACUGAAUUUAAUCAGCGCCCAUACAUUCGACUCUUCACGACUAUGCUGACUUUGUUUGACCAACAUUCUGCUAGCAACAAGUCCAUCCAUCUGCAUUUUUUGAGGCACUUUGCAGAUUUUUUGUUUGAUUGUCACCCUGGCAAAUAUCCAGGCUUUGCGUUCGGUUGGUUUGAGCUACUUUCGCACAAGUGUUUCAUGCCCAAGCUUAUGAAGAAUCACAGUGCCUGGCCCAUAUUACACAAGUUGCUAUUGCUCCAAUUUAAUUUUAUUGAAUCUUGCUUAGCCAAGGGUAAAUUUUCUGAGCCCAUUCGAGCGCUUUAUGAAGGCAUGCUUAGAGUCUUCUUCGUCAUUUUACAUGACAAUCCAGAUUUUUUGUCUGGAUAUUAUUAUACCUUAUGUAAUGCUCUACCGCCCAUCUGUGUUCAAUUACGAAACUUGAUAUUAUCUGCGACACCUGCUAAUGUGAAAUCACCAGAUCUUUCUUCUUUCAGUCUGGAUACCCAUAUCCUUUCUGGAACAGAAAUCACUCCUAUUCUACUGUCCGAUUACCAGAACCCAAUUAUUGAAAGCAACCUGAAAAACGCCCUAGAUUUAUAUCUAAAGCAGCCGGCAGAAUUUGAACAGUUCAUACAUGACCUACCGUCUAAUCUUAGGUUCUUGCCCGAAAUUUCUGACAAAAUUGGUCUAAACUAUGACACUCGGCUUAUUGGCUCAAUCGUCCUUUAUAGUGGGGUUAUUUUCCUGACCAGACCGAAAAAUAAUGCCGUUAUGGAACUCUAUCGAUAUCUUUCUACCCAUUUAGAUACUGAAGGUCGAUAUCAUUUAUUUAAUUCGUUUUUCGACCAUCUGCGAUACCUGAACUCUCAUACGUAUUUUUUUUGUGGUAUGCUCCUGCAUUUCUGGGAACUUUCUGCCAACUCUUCGCAGCAGCCGAGUAAUCAGCAGAUUAUUGCUCGCAUUAUUUUCGAGCGUGUUAAAUGCAAUCCGCCUCAUCCUUGGGGUCUCUUAAUGCUGUGCCAAGAGAUUUCUAAAAAUCCCAAGUAUGGAUUUGCACACGUAAUUUAUGCAUUAGAUUUGGAUAAUGAAGACAUUUUACAAAGCCUAUAUGCAAAAGGCUAUUUUAUGUCUUCUUUCCCAGAGCCAUCAUCGUCUACACUACCUCUCUAACAUGCGAUAUUAAUACAAAUCAAUUUUAUUUAUGGUAUAUACAACAUAUAAAUAUCUUUUCCAGAGACAUGUUCUGUAAAAAUUUUUGUAUAGAUAUAUGCAGCCUAAUGGCACUUUUCAUAA